AUGUCUUAUGAUCGGUAUUUAGCAAUACGUAAACCACUUCACUAUGCAACCCUUAUGAAUGGCAGAAUCUGCCUCCAGCUAGCAGCUGGAUCAUGGAUGAAUGGAUUUCUGACAACGACUAUAAUAACAUGUUUAAUGUCACAGUUACACUUCUGUGGCCCCAAUGAAAUUAACCAUUUCCUUUGUGUUCACCCAGUGAUUAAACUCUCCUGCAAUGACACCAGCCUGAUUAAACUAGCGACCCUGAUAUUCUCUUUCAUGGACACCCUGCCCCCAUUUCUAUUAACCUUGGCAUCCUAUGUUUGCAUCAUCUCCACUAUCCUGAAAAUCCCUUCAACCACUGGCAGGCAAAAGGCCUUUUCCACCUGUUCCUCUCACCUCAUGGUGGUGACAAUUUUCUAUGGGACUGUAAUCAUUGUCUACAUAUUACCCGACUCUGACACACUUAGAGAUCUCAACAAAGUCUUCUCUGUCUUCUACACGGUCCUGACUCCCCUGGCCAAU